AUGCUGGGGCUUCUCAUUUUGGCUGCUGUUGUCCUCUGUGGAUGUUGUUCAGAGGAGUUGCUUGAGGACCAUGGAGAAAUUGUUGGAGGCAACGAUGCACGGAAGCAUUCAUGGCCGUCACAGAUUUCCCUCCAGUACUAUUCAGGCGGACGCUGGAUGCAUCAUUGCGGCGGGACACUGGUGAGGCGAAACUGGGUACUGACAGCAUCUCACUGUGUGGACAGUAAAAUGAAUUUUCGUGUGGUUGCUGGUGACCACAACAUUAAUCAACACGAAGGCACAGAGCAGUAUUUACAUGUGGACCGUAUCUUCAGGCACCCAAAUUGGAAUGGCGAUCCUGAGGAAGGCAAUGACAUUGCGCUGCUCCGUCUCUCUCAGAGUGCAGUUCUCAACAACUAUGUGCAGCUUGGAUCUUUGCCCCCAUCUGGACAGAUCCUCCCCAACAACAAUCCCUGUUACCUCACUGGCUGGGGGUAUACCAAAACUAAUGGCCAGCUGGCCUCAGUCCUGCAGCAAGCCUAUCUUCCUGUGGUGAGUCAUGCAACCUGCUCCACUCCGGCCUACUGGGGCCCAUCGCUCAAGGACUCCAUGGUGUGUGCUGGAGGGGAUGGCAAACGUGAUGGAUGCCAGUCAGAUUCUGGGGGACCUCUGAAUUGCCGGGUGAAUGGCAAAUACUAUGUUCAUGGAGUCCUUAGCUAUGGUUCCUUAUCCUGCUCCGACUAUCGGAAACCCUCCGUGUUCGCCCGUGUCUCUGCCUACAUUUGCUGGAUCAAAGAUGUAAGUUUAUUGCAAUAUACAUCAAUGGCGAAGCAAUUAAAGAGGAUAUUAGAAGCGCAUAUGGUCCUGCACUUGCGGUCAACAUCAGCUGCCAUUUUAGGCCAAUAG